AUGCCGUCUAUAUCUCAAAUUCUCGCCACCUGCAAGUGGCAAGAAGCAGACCCUCGCUUUGCCCCAUUACCUGGCGAAAAUCGUGCAAACCAUAUCAUGGUAAAGAUAGCCGCCGUACAUUACAGCGAAGAGAAAGAGUUCAUUGUACAUCGCGAGCUACUCACUCGCUACCAACCCAGACUCUUUACCAGCAUCCUCGGUCCCAUCGGAAACUCUAAAUCCUUCAAACUUGUCGUCGAUCCAAGAAUUUUCACAGGACUAUUACAAUUUGCAUAUCAGGGCAGAUUCUGGCUUCCUGAAACUAUCAGAAACAUUGAAGUUCUGUGGGACCUCUACAUCUUUGCCGAGAAGAAAGAGAUUAUCAUUUUGCAAGAUGUGAUGAUGAAUCGCAUUGUUUCUUUCUAUUUCAAAUCGAAUACUUUUCCAACAAUGGAAACUAUUAUGUAUGUGUACAAAAAUACUAAGCACGAAUCUUCGACUCGGACACAUUCAACGGCACGACGAUUCUUAGCCAGAUGUUAUCUUUCGCAAUCAUUAGGAUGUUUUUAUGGUUCGAAAUGCAGAGAGUCGGAUGCCCGCAUUGACGAUGCUCUUUUAUGGGCAGAUGGACUUCAAUCUGAUACGAUGAAGGCUAUUUGGGAACCAGCGGGGUCUCCGUGGAAGGUAGAAACGGAUCCCAGGAAUUCUGUGAGAGUCAAGCCCUGUGACUAUCAUCAGCAUGCAUGGAAUGAGAUAUGUCCUAAGUAUAGAGAGACAUAUUUUAAUAUCGAGACUGAUGCAUGA